AUGCGGUCACUCGCUUUUCUCCUAUUCGGCAUGCUGAGCGCAUCAAUCGUUUCCGCCGACCCGCUCGACGAUGCCAUUGCACUCUUCAAGCGUCAGAGCAUUGCGCUGACCACAGGUGGUUCGAGCUCGUCCACCGACUCUGCCACUGUUUCAGGCACUGCGACGCCGACCAGCAGCGAUGGCGACGACGACGACACAACUACUUCUGUUACUGUAACUAGCGAUACCACAUCUGCAAUCACCAUCACCACUUCCUCUACCGUUGUUCUCCCUCCCACCUCGUCUCAAUCCGUGACUGUCAUCACGACGACAUCUACACACACUCCUCCUACGAGUUCAUCCGAACCCACAAGCUCCUCCGAUGACUCCACAUCCACCGUCACGAGCACGUUGACUCCAUCAAGAACCCUGAUCACCAGCAGCUCGGUUUCCGAGGUGGUUACCACAAUCACAAGUGUCAGCGCGGGCAGCACCAUCCACCUGACGAGCACAAGCAGCAGCGUCGUCCCCUUCACGACCAGCGUCGACCCUGCUUCACUGACCAGCAACGGCUCCAAAGGUGGUAGCUCCGGACUCAGCGACUCGACCAAGGCUACCAUUGGAGGCGUGGUUGGUGGCAUCGGUGGUGCUCUAUUGCUCGCUGGUCUCGCUUACACUGCGUGGAGAAUCUGGGGCAAGAAGAAGAACCUCCAUGACGACGAUCUCUACGACCCCAACAACAACCAGGACAAGCUCAGUGGUACCACCGCCGAUUCUACCCCUUUCCGUUCAACAUUGGAUCAAUACCACCAGCCAGGCCCUGUCAACACCGCCUCUAACUUCUGA